UUUGCUAUAAAAAUUUUCCCCACAUUUUGAGGUUAUAUUCUCGUGUUUUCUUCUUCUCUCUUCUGUUUGUUUUGUUUAGAGUGUUUACACACAGAGAUUUCUGAAAAUCUGAAAUAGUGGAAUAUUUGAGCCCCAUCGCAAGUGCUUGACUCAAGAGGAAACAAUGGUUGGAGGUGUGAAGCAGCAUCAUCAGCAGGAGGUGUUGGAGGUGGCCGAGGGGGCUUCCGGAGAGCUGGGAGCACCCUCGGGACAGGGUGGAAGUGGGACAUUCGUGGGGACGCCCAAGGAGGAACCCAUGGACCUCAAGGCGGGCCCCUAUAUUGCUCGCCUUAGCAACAAAGACAAUGUACUGUACAUCAAGGAGGCGGUGACGGUGAUCGGACGCCAAUCCUCCAAGUCUACAGUCAACUACCAGAUCGGGCGGAACAUCUUUGUGUCCAGGAAGCACAUGCAGAUCACAUAUGACGCCACCACCGGGGAGUUCUAUCUCACCUGCUUCAGCAAGAACGGUGUCUUUGUGGAUGAGACAUUCCAGAGGACUUACUUUGAACCGCUCAAGCUACCAAAAACCUGCAUGCUGAGAUUCCCAAGCACAAAUAUCCAGAUGCGCUUCGACAGUUUUGUGGAUGGGCCCAGGGCCCUGGGUACAGGAGCUGCCGAAGUGUCAAUGGAUGCGGGCGUGGUGAAGAUGGAGGGUGGUGUGUAUGAACCACUGAAUAUCACCAUCCCUGAGGCUGGGGAUAAGAAGAUGGCACUGGCGUCGCCACCAGGGACGAUAAGUGCGACAAACAGUUGCCCUACGAGCCCCGGCGGCAAGACCUUCGGCGACUAUCCCACGUACAGCAUCAAUAACAAUUUCCAGAAUGACCUCUUUGCGACGCCAUCCACUUCCACGUACGGCGACAAGAAGCCGCCCUACAGCUAUGCCCAGCUCAUCGUGCAGAGCAUCAGCUCGUCUCCAGAGAAGCAACUGACGCUCGCUGACAUUUACUCCUUCAUCUCCAAGACCUAUCCCUACUACCGCACCAUCGACAGCAAAGGAUGGCAGAAUUCCAUUCGCCACAACCUCAGCCUCAACAGGUCAGUUCCCAGACUUUUAUUCCCUUUUUUUCUAUCAUCCUGGAUGUGA